GUAUGUGUUGUUAAACAAAACACUGAUUUCUCACAACACAUGCCAUUCAAUGCGUAUUUAAUACUCAUUUAAUGUGAAUUAAAAACACUAUUAAUUAACUGUUGAUUACAUUUAUAUACACUAAUCAAUCGCUACACGUGUUUAGCCACUCAUCCGCCGCCGUUGUGUCCAUUAUUAGCGCCGAUUUCAGUGACAAACACACAGAGAAAAUAACAGUUGUAUUGUUGUUACGCUCGCGAAGACAUCACUGGAGCUGAUCUACGAUUGAAAGACAUAUACAUUUGCAUCGAAAACAAUGGCCAUCAGAACCGGACCGGAAGGGGACGACUCGGCGGCAGCGGUGGAGCGCCAGUCGUUGACCGCCACAGCGAACCCGUCAUCCGUCGUCGAUAUACACCGUCUGUUUGAUUACAAUCGUAUUGACCAAAACACCCAAUUAUUACCGUUUCUAUGGCUCGUAAUGUACUUUCCGUUUGGUUUGUGUCUAUUUAUUAUCCGCGUAUUCAUUGGUUUACACGCACUCCUCAUCGCCAGUCUUCUUCCCAAGAAGUCUUCGUUCAGAUGUUUCAUUUUGCGGACAAUGUGUACAAUUUUGGGUAUAAUAAUCAAAGAGGAGAACGCGUCCAUCGAUGUCAAGUCGAAGACACGGGUAAUCGUAAGCAAUCACAUCACAAACAUCGACCACUUGGCUGUGGAUCUGGUGAUGCCGUGUAUUGUGCCGGGAGUGUGGGAUUUGCCCAAAUUCCUCAACUGGGGUCUAGGGUUUCAC